AUGUCGACCAUUUCCGACACGACCAAAUCCGGUCCAUCGAUGAAGCGCAACAACUUCCGUCGCCGCAACAACCCAAACACCAACGGCUACGUCAAAUCCCUCUCCCCCACCGGCCAAGUCAAUAAAGUUCUAAAAGACAUGGCAAAUCUGAACGGAGGCUACCACCUCCGCAACUGGUCAUCUUCUGCGCGUAAGGAACUUUGUCCCAACAUCACGAUCAAGGUGGAAGUGCUCGACCCCGACGGCAACAAAGUGAACGUCAACGUCCCCAAGCUAGCGUUCCUGGCUACCUCACCAGUCUUCCGUCAACAUGUCGAGGGUCAUCCCAAAGACGAUUGGGUCAAGUUCUAUCACAAGGACGUCACCUUGGAAUCUAUGCGAGCAAUCUCCAAGUGGCUAACGAAGAUUUGUACUGAUAAGGAGUACACCGAUCUUUCCGCCCCUAAUGAUCUUCAGAAGGGUCUGGAGCUUCGUCUCGCUGCGCAUAUAUUGGGCAUGGCACAAUACACGCAGCAGAUCAUUGAAGGCUACAUCUGCGGUCUUAUUGGUCGUCCUGUGGAAGCGAAGGAGUUGGUAAUCGUCGCUGAGCUGACGCGUGAGGACGCGGUUGUGGAUCCUAUCCUCGAGGCGUUGGCUAGCUAUGUGGCGUACCUUUGUCGGUAUCAUCAAGUUAGUAAGGAUCGGGAGGAUCAGUAUAUUGCUGUGCUUGCUGGAGAUAAGUGCGGGAAGCUAAUGAAUGUUUUCAAUGACAAAAUGAUUCGGGCUGCUGCGGAGAAUGGGUGGGAGGCCAUUUACCGUCGGCCGCUGGCUGAGAACAACUAG